CAAUCAUGACCUGCGAAGAUCAGCUGUGAAAGAGCGUCGCAAGCCGCGUCGGCCCUUGACUGCACAUCAGCGCGGGCGUCGAGACUUCAGAUCCGCUGGAAAUGGCAGGGAUCCUGGCGUGGUUCUGGAACGAGAGGUUCUGGCUCCCGCACAACGUAACCUGGGCUGACCUGAAGAACACAGACGAGUCCACCUUCCCGCAAGCAGAGGACCUGUACCUGGCGUGUCCUUUAGCAUUCUGCAUGUUUAUGAUCCGGCUGGUCUUUGAGAGGUUUAUUGCGAGGCCAUGUGCACUAGGUCUGAAAAUCCAGGCCAACGGGCCGCAGAAGGCUCAGCCCAAUGCCAUUCUGGAGAAGGUCUUCACUGCCAUCACCAAGCACCCCGAUGAGAAGAGGUUAGAGGGUCUGUCCAAGCAGCUGGACUGGGACGUGAGGACCAUCCAACGCUGGUUCAGACAUCGACGCAACCAGGAGAAACCCAGCACACUGGCGCGCUUCUGCGAGAGCAUGUGGAGGUUCACGUUUUACCUGUACAUAUUUACGUACGGUGUGCGCUUCCUGAAGAAGAGCCCGUGGCUGUGGAACACACGAGAGUGCUGGUACAACUACCCCUAUCAGCCGUUAACCGUGGAUUUGCAUUACUACUACAUACUGGAGCUGUCCUUCUAUCUGUCGCUGCUCUUCUCACAGUUCACAGACAUCAGAAGAAAGGACUUUCUCCUGAUGUUCCUGCAUCACGUGGCCACCAUCUCUCUGAUCACCUUCUCAUAUGUGAAUAACAUGGCUCGGGUGGGAACGCUGGUCAUGUGCCUGCACGAUGCUGCCGACGUCCUGCUGGAGGCUGCUAAAAUGGCCAACUACGCCAAAUGCCAGAGACUCUGCAACGUCCUGUUCGUCAUGUUUGCCCUGGUGUUCAUCAGCUCCAGGCUGGGAGUGUAUCCUGUAUGGAUUUUAAACAGCACUGUGUUUGAGAGCUGGGAGAUCGUGGGGCCGUACCCGUCGUGGUGGGUGUUUAACGUGCUGCUCGUCCUGCUGCAGGCCCUGCACACCUUCUGGUCGUAUCUCAUUGUGCGCAUCGCCUGCAGGGCCAUCUCCAGAGGAAAGGCGGGAAAAUGGAAUCCUUUACAUGUGUCAAAGGAUGACCGCAGUGACAUUGAGUCCAGCUCUGAUGAAGACGAGGUUCUUCCUCCUCUUCAGAAACACCACACUAACGGGACCAAUGGCACCAACGGCUACCUGUCCUCGUCCCCGAGCCCAGACGAACACUAACCGUCUGCCCAGCGUGGAGGAUGUUUCACUGGGCCCCUGCUGCAUCACUCUCCGUUGUGUCAAAUCAUGUAUGAACAUUACCGGUCCCGUACUGGAACUUCUCAAUAAUGUGUGAAUGCGGUUCUGUUUCGGUUGGUCGCUUUUCACCGUUUCCCCUCCAGAUGUUUUGUGUUCCAUUCUUUGGCUUUUGUUUUCGUGGUUGUUUAUCCUGCGACAUUCGUUAUCGAAGCACCUUUUAGAUUCACUCGAGCAAGUGAAUGAAAGCGCCGUUUUUCUUUCAUAAUCACAUGAGCAUGCUGCUGUGGUCAUGUAUUCUGGCAUCAUGGGAACAGUAGGUUUCUUGGAUUAGUGUUAUUUUCUAUUUAUAAAUUUUGUAUCUUUAAUAAAUUUGCAUUUCUGUGUUUUUUGUUUUUUUUUAAACAUACGUUCCCCUUUUCCACGAAGAUGUUGGUGCUGGAGCUGGUGCCCAGUCUAGAACCACUCUUGGUGCGUUUCCUAAAAUAAUUAUUAGCCAACUGUUUGGGAUGCAACGAUUCACUCAAGUCACGAUUCGAUUCAUAAUUUUUUUUUUUUUACAAAAUGAGAUUUUAGACAAGUUAUAAAUUAAAUGUGUCCUUUUAUUAUUGCCUGGACAAAAUGCUGCACGUUUCUUUGUGAAAUUUAAAUAUAACACUAUAAUAAUAUACUUAAAUAG